CCGUGCCGCGCUGCUCCGUUCUCGAAUCUCGACGAUUCUCCACGACACGACGUGUGCCAGUGCGCGCCCUCCUCCUCUCCCCCUCUCUCCUCCCUGUCCUCCUCCGCCGCUAUAGCGGUAACGCGCAAAGCCUCCUCUCCGGCUGAUUUCAGACCGAACCGAACACGUUCACCGCGGCGAUCGAUAGUCCCCCGCGGGCGCGGAGAGAGAGAGGCGAGGGUUCGAAGCCGCGGAAGUGCCGUGAACGUGAAACGUGGGGUGUGUGCGUGCGUCCGGGGCCCGCGGACCCGUCGACGUCGCCGAAAUCCGGAUCUCUGUCUCUCGUACGCGCGCGGAAAACGGCGCGCGUUACUUCGAUUUACUCGCGAGGGGCCCGUAGGCGCACGGGAAGAGAGCAGAAGAGAGAGAGGGACAGAGACGGAGUAAGUAGGAAGCCGACAAGCGGGUGGGAAAGAAAGAAAGAGAGAGAGAGGCGCAGGCGGAUUCUCUUUCGGUGGCUUCUCGACGUUCGACGACCGUUGUGAAUCGGCCGAAUGGCGCACGCACGGCUCAGCUGUACGCGUCGUACGCCGUCCGUGCGCCGCGCGGAAUAAUGCGCCUGCCUCCAGUGCCUCCCGGGGAUUCCUCGCGGUCCGGAUGACAGCGCCCGCCAGCGACGGGACGUAGGGUGACGUCGGUGAGAAAGUAUGGAGCGUCCAUCGGGCGUCACAGGUACUCCUCGCCCGAGUCAAUGCUGCAUUUAGCCUUGCGUUUCGAUAGUCUUUAAUGCGACAGAAACAGUACGUUGUUGAGGCACAGUAGUCCAAGCUCCUGUAAGGAGAGAUGGAUGCGGUGUGCGACGAGGACAGGCGGAGACGCCUGCGGACCUUGGAGGAGAAAAUAAGGGAUCCGAGAAGCGUCACAAAUAUCGACUGCUUGUUGGACACGGUUCAGGCCCUGGUAACAGAUUGCGAUCACGCGAGCGUGAAACGUAUGAAAAAUAUAGAAGCUUAUAUGAAUAGAUAUGACUCCGUAGCCCAAGAGAUUUAUAAAAUGCGAAUGCGCACGGACGAUUUUACUUUGAUAAAAGUAAUCGGCCGCGGCGCGUUCGGAGAGGUGCAGCUGGUUAGACACAAAUCUACGCAAAAAGUUUACGCUAUGAAAUUACUUAGUAAAUUUGAAAUGAUCAAGAGGUCGGAUUCCGCAUUCUUUUGGGAAGAGAGGGAUAUAAUGGCUCACGCGAACUCCCCGUGGAUAGUCCAGCUCCACUUUGCGUUCCAAGACCAGAAGUAUCUCUACAUGGUGAUGGAUUACAUGCCGGGCGGGGAUCUCGUCAACUUGAUGUCGAAUUACGAGGUGCCGGAGAAAUGGGCAAAAUUUUACUGUGCCGAGGUGGUGCUCGCGUUGGACGCGAUACAUAAUAUGGGUUUCGUUCAUAGAGAUGUGAAGCCGGACAACAUGUUGCUCGACAGGCACGGUCAUUUGAAGCUCGCCGACUUUGGCACGUGCAUGAGGAUGGAUGUUGACGGUUUAGUGCGGUCCGAUACCGCGGUCGGUACUCCCGAUUACAUAUCUCCAGAGGUUCUGCAGUCUCAAGGUGGAGAAGGAGUAUACGGUCGUGAAUGCGACUGGUGGUCCGUGGGUGUCUUUCUGUACGAGAUGUUGUUUGGCGAUACACCGUUCUUCGCCGACUCCCUGGUCGGGACGUAUUCGAAGAUCAUGGACCAUAGGAAUUCGCUAUACUUUCCUCAAAACGUUGAGAUAUCUCACUCAGCGAAGAACUUGAUAUGCGGUUUCCUCACCGAUAGGACGAAGCGCCUGGGUCGCAACGGCGUCGACGAAAUCAAAAGCCAUCCGUUUUUCAAGAAUGAUCAGUGGACCUUCGACAAUCUGAGAGAAUGCGUGCCGCCGGUGGUGCCCGAGCUUUCCGGUGAUGACGACACCAGCAAUUUCGACGAUGUCGACAAGGAGGACGGGCCGGAGGAGAGUUUUCCAGUACCCAAAGCUUUUUCUGGGAAUCAUCUGCCCUUUAUCGGGUUCACUUACUCAGGUGAUUACCAGUUAAUGGUUUCUUACGGCAAGGAAUCUGUGGACGGUCUCGAGAAUCAUGUCAACAAUGGUACUACUGACGAUGUGAAGAUCUCGCAGCUAGAGAAUUUGCUGGAACGUGAGAGGCGGCAAGUAGAAACGAUGGAGUCGAGGCAGAAAGCACUGAACGCGCAAUUGGAUGCGAUGGCGUGUCGAGAGGCUGAGCUACGCGAGGAAGUUGGCAGGGCGGAUAAGGAGCUGACAUUGCUCAGGCACAACUAUAAGGAGGCGCAACGCAGAGUGGAGCACGAGACGGAGACUCGUCGCAAGGCGGAGUCGCUGCUGGUGGAGGUGAAGAAAAAGUUUGACGAGGAGCAGACGAGACGGGCGCGAGAUGUUAGCAAUUCCCAGCAGACGUCCGAGCGAGUGACAUCAUUGGAGAAGCAAAUCAAAGAGAUGCAAUGCAAAUUGGAGAGAGAAACGGAAACUGUUGUGAGAUUGCGCAAGCAAGCGACGGAGAUUACCGUGGCGCGCCAAGCCUCCGAGCAAAUGGCGAACGAGUUGCAAGUUGCCAGAGCUCAGCUGCAAGCGCAGCGUGAUAACUUGCAGCAAGAAGUUGCCACUCUUCAGGGCCAACUUUCCAAGGAACGUAGUUCGAGAUCGCAAGCGUCAUUGUUAACGGCGGAAUUGGAGACUCGUCUUUCUACCUUGCAUCUCGAGUUAGAGCGCAGCCAUGAGAAAGAGGAGAAGGCGACUCUGGACAAUAGGCAACUAACCGAAAGGGUUUCCGCAUUGGAGAAAGAAGCUGCUAGUUUAACUUUGGAACUGAAAGCCGCGCAAGCCAGGUACAAUCAGGAAGUUGUGGCACAUCAAGAAACGGAGCGUUCGCGCAUUCUUUCCAAGGAGGAGGCCAAUCUGGAAGUUGUUAAAGCUCUACAAGCAAAACUGAACGAGGAGAAAAGUGGAAGACAACGUGCGGAAUUACUUGCGCAGGAAAAGGAACGUCAGACGUCAAUGCUCUCUGUCGAUUACAGACAGAUACAGCAACGAUUGCAGAAAUUAGAGGGUGAGCACAGGCAAGAGAUGGAAAAAGUCAAGGUUCUGCAGGGCCAAGUUGAGCAGGAGCAACAGAAAAGAAACGUUCUGCAGACCGACUUAGGCCAGCAAACGUCCGAAGCUGGCAGGCUUCGCGCUCGCGAGCAACAAUUGGUCGGAGAGGUUGCUCAGUUGAGAGAAGCUAAGCGGCAAAUAGACGAGGAGUUACAUCACUUGAAGACACAAAGAAACAUCGAUCAGCUACAGACAAAAGAAUUGCAGGAGCAAUUGGAAGCUGAAGCUUAUUUCUCGACUCUGUACAAAACACAGACGCAAGAGCUGCGCGAAGAGUUGGAUGAGAAAAUGAGAUUGCAGCAGGAAUUGGAAGAAGAACGUAGCUCUCUUGUGCAUCAGCUGCAGUUGUCCUUGGCGCGCGGUGACAGCGAGGCUUUAGCCAGAUCCAUAGCCGAGGAGACUGUGGCGGACUUGGAGAAAGAAAGAACCAUGAAAGAGCUGGAGUACAAAGAUGGAGUAACCAAGCAUCACCAGGAGCUGAGCGCGAAAGAACAGGUUAUAAACAGACUUAAGGAGAAUGAGAGUGAAUUCAAGAAAUCGGUCGAUCAGGCUCUGAAGGAGAAGGAAGACUUGAGCAAGCGAUAUAAGGAAUUGCAGGACCAACUCGGUAAAGCGCAGUCUAAUGUGGAGGAAAUUGAGAAGCUGAGCAGCAAGCUGAAGACCGAACAAUUGUUGAAGCAGCAGGCGGUCAACAAGUUGGCAGAGAUCAUGAACCGGAAGGACCUUUCGUCAAGCGGGAAGAAUAAGAAUAAGGCGUCCGCCGCGGAUCUGAGGAAGAAGGAGAAAGAUUGCAGGCGCCUGCAGCAAGAACUCACUCAAGAGAGGGAGAAGUAUUCUCAGCUGUCAGCUAAGUGGCAGAAGGAUUUGCAGGAUAUGCAAGCGCAACUCGUGGAGGAAAAUCAAGGGAAGCUGAGGCUGCAGAUGGAACUCGACUCGAAAGACUCGGAGAUAGAGACACUGCAGAUGAAAAUCGCGUCGCUCAACUCAGAAACUGCAAGUGUCUCGUCUAUAGAGAACGACGAUGGUGAGGACUCGGUCCUGUCCGAGCACGGUGUGAUGAGAUUAGAGGGCUGGUUAAAUGUGCCAAAUAAGCAGAACAUUAAGCGGCACGGUUGGAAGAAGCAAUACGUCGUUGUUUCCUCCAAGAAGAUAAUCUUCUACAAUAGCGAAAACGACAAAUUGAACGCCGACCCGGUCUUGAUAUUAGACUUGAAUAAAGUCUUCCACGUUAGAUCUGUUACUCAGGGUGAUGUUAUCCGAGCCAAUGCCAAAGAUAUACCCAGAAUAUUUCAGUUACUCUAUGCUGGUGAAGGUGAAGCGAGGCGGCCUGGUGACGAGGGGAAUACACUGCCUGGAGUGGAUUUACCACAGCUCACAGAUAAACCCGGCACUCAGUCGCUGAAGGGCCACGAGUUCGUGUCGAUAUCUUAUCACAUGCCGACGACCUGCGAAGUUUGUUCGAAGCAACUCUGGCACAUGUUUCGGCCUUCGCCGGCUCUCGAAUGCCGAAGGUGCCGCAUUAAGGUUCACAAGGAACAUUUGGAUAAGAAAGAAGAUGCCAUAGCCCCGUGCAAGCUACACUACGACCCGAACAGCGCCCGCGAGUUACUGCUGCUCGCGGCGAAUCCCGAGGAUCAGAAGUACUGGGUCUCGCGGCUGUCCAGGCGCGUCCAGAAAUGCGGCUACAAGGCGAACUCGCAUGUGGACGGCACGGGACAGCGCGUCUCGCCAAGGGAAUCCACAAGGUCGACCUUGAAGCCAUACUUAACGGUGCAACAACGAUCAGCAACAUUGCCAGCGAACGCCAGUAUGGGCAAGUGAUCCUGGAAGACGCUAAUACUGACGAUUGUAGAAAGACUCCGCUCACGAUCUGAUGCCCCGCUUCCCUCAACAACGACGUCAGCGGGGAUGUCGGGUCGUCGUAAAUCAACUACCACGACCUCGCGAUUUUCUCUGCGCACCUGGCGACCGAAAUAGACUGUUAAUAAUUUCCUAGAUCGAGAAUAAUUGAAAUAGCGAUCGCGAUUGUAAUGUUACUGUUUGCAGCUAAGAGUAAGUGAGAAUCCAAGUUCGAGAAUCGCUGGAGGAAACAGGGUUACUUAUGUACUGGGUGAUAGACGGAUAUGAUUACGGUACGGGAAGGAGAGAUUGAGGGAGGUAGGACCGCGCCAUGUCCACUGUCUCUUUGCGCGCCAUUGUCGUUCUCUGGAACGCUAACACGGAAUCACACAGAUGCGUUUCUUCGGAAUUGCUAGAUCGUUUUAUCGUAUCGAUGAUAAAAUAAUGUAAUAGUCCUUUUGUACGUUGUUCAUGGUAUUCACGAUAGACUGUAGAACGUUCCUUCGAAGGACGAUCGAAUUUCUGCGGUGAUUUUUCCUGAUUGGAACUAUACUCGACUUUGUACGCACAUUUCUUACUGCCUUUGAUAACGAUUAACAGUGAAUCUUGAUGGAAACUUUUAGCUUAAGGCAUUUUUUGGAUGCUUUAAACCGAAAUUUCGGAAACCUGUAGUAAAGAGUAUAGUAUUUUGAAAUUGUUUUAUGUACAUGUUAUAUAUAGAAUGUUUUCCGAGAACGUGUGUGUCAGUAGGUAUACGCGCGGGAGUCUUGCUUUUAACGUAACUUGCGUCUUAGAGCGGAUUUAUUUAACGUUUUGAUAUUCGAGGUGUUUCCGGGGGCAGUUAUGUUUUUUUUUAGAAAGGUGUAAAUAAACUGAACACGCGUCCGAGGAUUAACGUUUUUUUUAUCGAAGUCUGGCACGUGAGUCGGUUCCGCGGACAUUGCGAGGAAGAAGCAAUAUUUACCAGCGUAUAGCGCGUGUAAGGAGUACAUUGCGAGUACACAGCGGCGAGUGCCAGCUUGUAUAGUAGAGAUAAUGAUUACGGUUGUAAGUUUAAGAAUUUUUAUUACGACGAUAUACGAGCUAAUGACGUCCGCUGUAUCCUGACAGAGAGAGGCAGAAAGAGAGGAGGGGUGGGGAAUGAGAGAAAGGAAGCGCUAAGAGAGGACGAACUAAAGAAAAUCAUGCAUAAUCGAGAGACUUAGAAGUUUUGUCAUGGUGCCAUACGGCUUGGCCAUUCUUGGCAUCGAAGGAAGCAACGAGAGGAAAACUAGGAAUGACUUUAAGAACCGUAUUAGGUUUAUUAUUAACGCGUCAUCGCCGUCUGUGUUCUUUCCAAAAUACCUCCGCGAGACAUCGUGUCGCGCCGAGACUCGUUGGAACAAAGAGAGCCGCUUACAUCGACGUCAGUCAGCUAACUAUAGUUAAUUACAUUCUCCCUCCGCAAAUUAAACCUACAGAUAUUGGUUGCAAUUAAACGAAUGAUGAUUCUGUGUGUCUGUCUCUCUCUCUCUCUCUCUCUCUCUCUCUCUCUCUCUCUCUCUCUUUCUCUCUCUCUCUCUCUCUCUUUCUCUCUCUCUCUCUCUCUCUCUCUCUCUCUCUCUUUCUCUUCCAGAGAUGGAAUCUAGACCGAGUUUCGUCUACAUUUCUGAAGAGUCUGAGCAGAGUCGCUUUUUUCCAGAAAUAAUAUUUCAGUCAAUUUUGAUUUAUGGAUGAUAGCAAGAUUUGGGAAAGAGCACAGAAUCAGUGAAUAUAUUUGAGUUAAGCAAUAGAGAAAAUAAAAGCAAUAGACGUAAAUUAGGCAAGCAUCCGUUACAACAAACUUUGGUCAAUUAAAUUCUCUUUCUUCAUCUAGAUUAUAGCUAGAACUGAAUGGAGAAUGGAGAGUUUGCUAACCGGAGUUAGUUAACUAAAAGCUGUCGGUGUAAACGGCUCUAAGAACUCAGCGAGACGUCCUUCAAAUGGUGCUCCUCCCUGUCCUAUCCAUCCUUUUGGGUUUGGCAAAGCAGUGAGAAUGAACGAGAAGCUGUCGAAAGCUUCUCGUUGUCGCGGUGGUAAUCGAAGUUAAAAGUAUGAGGGAGAGAAAGGUGCAUAAUGAAACCGAAAGGAAACACCAUCCGAUACUGCCCGUGCCUUCUUCAUUGUUUCGAUCCUUCAUGAGGGCGGAACUAGAAGAAAUUUGACAUUGAGAAGGAGAAAAGGAGAGAGAGAGUGAGAAUGAGAAUGAAAGUAUGAGUGUGAGAGAGUGAUAAAGAAAGAGAGAGAGAGAAAGAGAAAGAACUUGUUACAGCAUAUUUUAUUAUUGUUUAGUUAUUUACAAUCUGUAUAUUAUUAAUUAUUAUUACGAUUAAAAGUAUUUUGUAGAUAAUAUGUGGCUCUCUUUGAUGAUACUUUUAUGACCACCGAUUGCGCAA